CGCUCCCUCGGCUUUUGUUCCGCCGGAGGCGACGCGAGCGCAGCGGCGACUCCCGGGGCCAGCCGGCGCCAUGUCCUACAUCCCGGGCCAGCCCGUCACGGCCGUGGUGCAAAGGGUUGAAAUCCACAAACUCCGCCAGGGCGAGAACCUCAUCCUGGGCUUCAGCAUCGGAGGCGGCAUCGACCAGGACCCUGCUCAGAAUCCCUUCUCGGAGGACAAGACGGACAAGGGCAUUUACGUCACUCGAGUGACAGAAGGGGGACCAGCAGAAAUGGCCGGGCUUCAGGUUGGAGACAAAAUCAUGCAGGUUAAUGGAUGGGAUAUGACGAUGGUGACUCACGACCAAGCCCGCAAGAGGCUGACGAAGCGGAACGAGGAGGUGGUCCGGCUCCUGGUGACGAGGCACUCUCUGCAGAAGGCUGUGCAGCAGUCAAUGAUGUCCCAGCCGUGCCACUGAGUUGGGGCAAAUGAUGGUCUUCAGAACAGGGUGGAGAGAUGCUGAACACGGACCACAGAUCUAUCUGGUGACCUGGCGCAGAGCAGCUUUUCAACCAAGGGCACCCCCCACCCCCACCACACCUAUGCAAAGAUGGCUCUGCUCCGGCGGGUGUCCCCACUGAGGUCACGGAGGACACCUCUGGGGGCAGUUUGAUGCCCAUCUGGAUCCAAGACCUUGGGCAUCAAACUGCAACCAGGGGAUAGGGAAACGUCUGGGCAAGAGCCAGCUUCACGGUUCUGAUCCACUGUGACCACUUUCUGCCUAAAAGCUUGUGGAGAUAGUCAGGGCCCAGCUUUUGUCCCAAAGAUGCUCCAGUAGAUUCAGUUCUUAAAUACCGUUUUUUUUUUUGUAAGAAAACCGCAUUGUGUUUGAUAGAAAAGAUGGCCCUGUAAUUAACAGAUGCAGUCUUGUUACCUAGACCAAAGUUUUUGUUGCCGAUAUCUUGAACCUUGCACCGGUUUCUGUUAAGACCAGCCCAACCAUUGCCUUUCUGAGGGAUUCUGCGUUCCUCUGUAAGGCAGAGGAAGACCAAGAACCCGUGACAGAUGGCCGUUUGAAAUUGGCUCCCUUCUUCAGCGCUGCGUCGCAAGCCCUCGAAAGAAGGUGAAUGGAGUUUUGGCGGCCUUAAGUCUUCAUUUGCCGGGAACUCUGCCCAGCCAGGAUUCCUGCGAACCAAAGUCUGAUAGGCUGAUGUUAGGGACUUCCAUUACAUUGAUAAGUGGUCUUAGACGUUCUCGAGUCACGUUCUGUCUGGCGGCCACCGUUUUGACUCUCGACUUUGUAUCCUAACUUUCCAAAGUUAGCUUCUAAUCAUGACUUUUGUGCCAAUUUCUCCAAACUCUUCCUGAAGAUCUUUUAUACGCCUUGUAAAUAAUACCCCCUCCCAACAUUUGUAUCACUAACUUAUUUCAGUAUAUUACUGCUAUUCUACUUGUGCACCGAUUUAACUUCGGUGCUCUUAAAUCUCAGCCUGUCGUGAUGAAAGAAGGUUGCAUUCUACCCUCUGUGGUUUGUCCUUCUGGUGCAGAAAUUGUCGUGCGACGGUAUCUUUUGACAAGAUUGAACUUCCAAAGCCUUGUGUUUUUGUAGUACCCAAUCACAUCAGUUUAGUUGGGAGGUAAAGAUAUCAAAUGCUGCUGUAUUAUCAUUUUACACAAAAUAAACUAAGCUGGACUUCUGA